AUGUAUAUAGACAGAUUUCUUCUAUGGCUGUUGGUAGCGAGGUGCGCGUGCGCAGAGCGCUGGGCCUGGCCGGACGCGGGCCCGGCGGACUCAGUGGGCGACGAGAGUGUGCGGAUUGACAACAAAGUGAGUUUCAUCGACUCCGACUCACAGCAAAGAAAUACUAAAAGAGAUAGCAAUAUACAAGCAGACGAGAUUCCCUUCGAAGAGGCAACGGAUACGCAGGGCUUCUACAACCAGCCGCCGGGAGCGGGGCGCUACCCCGUGCGCGUCGAGCAGGGCUACGACAAUGGCAUACGUAUAAACGGACAAACAGUCUUCCUGAAUGAUCAAAAUAGGGACGGAGCGCUGGACUCGCUGCAGCACUGCAAGUGCGUGUCCCGCCCAGACUGUCAAGUACAGACUGAUUAUAAUAACGCAUGCGGAACUAACCAAUAUCUAUGCUGUUACAAUCAACCCAGACAACAAAAUAAGUAUCCUUCAGAAUAUUUCAACGAAGUCGACGAUCAUUCAAUGCUAUAUCCCAAUCAAGCGAACAUUGCAGGAGCUUUCCUUCCGCCCAACAGUAAUAACGGACUAUUUAGACCAAAUCACGAGACUUACAAUAAUCGAGAUCAGGCAAUACUCGUCGGCCCUGGCGGCCCCACUGACAGCAUCGGCCCGCAAAAAAAUCAAGUAUUAGUCGGCCCCGGCGGCCCCACCGGAGUUAUUGGCCCUGAAAGACCUGCUUUUGUAGACUCUCAAGGUGAAAAUAAAAAUCACGGCCAUAAAAAUAUUUUAGUUGGUCCAGAGGGUCCCACCGGAGAAAUAGGUCCUAGCGAAAGUGCACAAAGGGGAGUACUCGUCGGACCGGGAGGUCCCACAGGAAUUAUUGGUCCAGCGUUCAACCGGCCAGUUUUAGUUGGUCCUGGUGGCCCAACUGGAAUGAUAGGUCCGCGCCGCCAAGGUGUUCUGGUUGGACCCGGUGGGCCCACAGGAAUAAUAGGCCCUUCUAGAUUCAACCGUCCCUCACAAAACCCGGGGGUGCUAGUGGGCCCAGGUGGUCCCACGGGAAUAAUAGGUCCAGGAAGGCAAAUUCUCGUCGGUCCAGGAGGCCCAACAGGCUGCUCGCGUCGCAAAAAAUAUCCAAAUGAAUACAAAGCAAACAAAAAUUAUACUAAAAAAGGACGAGGCUGCUUGCAC